AUGGAUCCCAGCUCUUCGAAAUAUUAUCACGAGGAUCAUAUAGAUCCAAACGAAUUUUAUGAGACUUACGUUGGUGCCACAGCAGAUAAAAAGCACACAGAGGAACUUUUAUUAUUCCCUCUGAAGGUACUUAGCAGUGAGUUAAAUUCAGGUUGUCUUAGAGGAAGCACCUUGAUCGACAUUUCAUUUGGCCCCUCUAUUUUCCACUUGUUACCACUUUGUAAAUAUUUUAAAGACAUCACUGUUCUAGAAGUUAAUGAACACUGUCUAAAGGGCCUACAGAAAUGGCUGAAUAAAGAAGAAGAUGCUUUGGACUGGUCUCAUGCCGCAAAGAUUGUUGCCGAACUUGAAGGAAACAGUGAGAAGUGGGUUGAAAAGGAAGAUGAUCUAAGAAGAUGUAUUAAAGGCAUAUUGCCAUGUGAUUUUACCAAAGAAAAUCCAACUGACCCUGUUGUGCUGCCAAAAGCAGAUUGCGUGUUUAACUUGUAUCUGCUGGGUACCAUUUCAAAAGACCUGGACAGUUACCGUCAUAAUCUAAAGAUAAUAUCUUCAAUGCUUAAAUUAGGAGGACAUCUUUGUUUGAUUGGGGGGUUUAAUGCAUCACAUUAUAAAGUUAGUGGGCACACAUAUCAUAUCUUAAAUUACAAUGAAGAGGACCUAAGAAAAGCUCUGAAGGAUUGCGGGUUUUUUAUUGAACGACCGGUCGUGACGGAAAGCAAAAUACGCAGUGAUGUUAUAUAUUAUCAUCAUGAAUUUUUUGCUUUUGCUGUCAAAAACAGAGAGCUUUAA